AUGACAUUGACAUUGACGUUUAUGCACACAUUAAUUUGGUACGGUUUUGUAUUUGUAUUUUUGUAAAUAUUUCUGAUUUAGAAAUGUAAAGGUGUACUUGUUCCAAGUUAUUCAAGGAGAAUGGAUCAGCCGCUUAAUCUGAAGCUCGCAUCUCUAUGCCUUAUUUCUCAGAGCAAGUUACAGAACAUCUUAUCCAAAUGUGGCGACAAGGUAGAUCUAAUCAUAGACCCAUCGCUUAUUAAGCCUUUGGAGAGGAUUUGUGGAGUGGCCUGGCUUAGACAACAUGGAGUUGAUAAAAUAUACAAAAUGGAUCCUCAGCUGGGUGCUACAGCCAACACAGUAAGGGUCUACUUCAUACCAGCCUGCAUACAAAAAUACAAAUGUGUGUUGGACCAGAUCUCAUCUCUACUCAGCCACAACCCCACACUAGCUGACGCUAAAUGCUUCAACAUAAUCAUUGUACCAAAAGUUGUUAAUUCUUAUGACUCAAUCCUAGAAAACAGAGGUCUUUAUGACAUUGUUAAAUUGUACACUUUUGCAUGGGAACUAAUGCUGUUGGACGAUCAACUUCUUAGCCUGGAAUUGCCUUUUCUAUACAAGCAGUUAUAUGUAGAGCAAAAUCAUUCAUUAUUAUCAAGUAUUUCUAUGUCUCUAUGGAGUUUAUUUCAUGUGACAGGUCGACCAAACUGUAUUCUGUCAUUAGGAAAAUUGUCUUCAAGAGUUUUGGAUAUACUGGAAGUUUAUAAUGAGAGUUACUCCAGAGAUUUUUUGAAUACAAAUUCUUCUCAAGAUAUAGGUUCCUUGGUUAUUAUUGAUAGAGAUCAAGAUUAUCCAUCAAGUUUGCUCACACCUGCCACAUACAGUGGAUUAUUGAGUGAAAUAUUUAACAUUACUUGUGGACAAUUAGAACUGAAUGUGAAAGAAACAAAACUAAAGAAAGGAAAGUUAAAUUUGGUAAGCUCAGAAGCGACGCCAACAAAAACUCCAUCUGUAAUGUUAGACAGUUCUAUAGAUAGUUUGUAUGCUGAGAUAAAACAUAGGCAUUUCUCUGAAGUACUGAGUGUGUUGAGUUCUAAAGCGAAACUACUCAAGAAUGAAGACAUAAAAGCAUUAGGAAUACAAGAGAUGAAGCAUUAUGUUGCAACAAAAUUGCAGCAAGUUACAUUGUUUAAGCAAAAUCUAGUCAACCAUGUCAUGGCAAGUGAGACAAUAUUGUCGGAAAUGAACAACAAGUUUGAGAACCUAACGUUCACAGAGAGUGAAAUGUUAAACAAUAGAAAUAAGAAAUCAAACUUUACAUACAUAGAUGAAAACUUUGGAACAGACAUUCAUAUGUAUAACAGCUUACGUUUAAUGUGUUUGUUAAGUUUGACACAGGGAUUAUCUUAUGAAGAGUACAAUUCUUUAGUGAGUAAAUAUUUGUUAGCGUUUGGUUAUAAAUUUUUGUAUGUUUUCAAUAACUUAGUCACAGCUGGAUUGCUGGUUCAACCGUCCAGUCCUAAACUGUCUUUGACAAAUUUGGGGAAUCUUAGUGAGAGGCUACCAAAGUGGCAGAAUGAAUUUCAGACUGUAGCCAACAAAUUGAAGCAACUACCCUCGAAAUCUGAGGACGGGAAGUCUCCAAGUUACGUGUUCAACAGUGGAUAUGUUCCAUUAGUGGCAGUACUGUGUAAUGCAUUGCUUACAUCUGAAUCUCUUUUGGAAGUCCUUACAAAACUAUCAGCAUUGAACGAACUUAAAGUUGGCGGUGCGGUUAUUGAGAAGUUAAAGGAAGGUUUGGAGACUUUGGAUGAAAGACUGUCCAAUCUAACUGUUAACAGUGUUUUAGAUUUUGGUUGUCGGAAUGCCAAAUCUCUGCUGAAAACAAUUAAAAGUGACAAUAAAGUGGGUGGGUUUUCUCUAAAACCAAGGACUAUUUUAGUGUUCAUGAUUGGUGGAGUGACAUAUGCGGAAGUAGCUGCUUGUGACGUCAUUCAAACUUUAACAGGCAGCAAGAUUAUUAUCGCCAGUGACUGUGUUGCGAGUGGCAGCGAUUUGAUGCUCGCCAAUACUUGAAAAUGUGUACAAAUGGAUAUUGGAAAAGGAAAUUGUUAUUAAAAUGUUUAAUAAUAUUAUAGCUAUGCAUAUUCUCUCUAAAAAUUAUUUAUACUGAGUAUAAAAUUUUAUUUAAUAAAAAAUUCGUAUUUUAAAACAUAA